AUGGCGGCGUCCUCCUCUGUGGCAGAGCUCAAGGAUGCUCUAAAGGACGCGAUGGAGCGCAAUGGCGGACUGCGCAAGCUGCAGGCGCACGCGCGCGCCGAGGCAUACCGCGCCCUGAGCGCUGCGGAGGAUGCGCUGCGGCCGGAGCCCAGCAGCGAGACUCUCCUAGUCAACGAGCUGAUUCGAGAGUACCUCAUUUUCAACGGGCUGCGGGAAACUCUCUCCGUAUUCUUGCCAGAGAGCGGCCAGCCGGCCAGCCGGCCUUUCGACCGCUCUUUCCUGUCGCAGCAGCUCAACCUGGCCCACACGCCCCACAGCGCCAAAGUGCCGCUGCUGUAUUCGCUGGUGGCGGCACGUCAGCAAGAGGGCCUCGCCGCCUCGCCCUCGCCGCAGCACAACUGGGCGCCGCCCAGCAGCCCGCUGCGCAGCGCGGCGGCGCGCCCCGCGGGCGCGGCGGCGGAGGUCGCGGGGCCGGGGGCGGGGUUGGCAGACGGGGUGGUCAAUGGGCUGCGAGCAGCGGUUGGAGACGCAGCUGUGGCGGCCAUGCAGCGACAAGACUACCACGGCUGA